CGGGACGGCGGGACGCUCCAAUCCGGGCCGGGGCUCCGCAGCGCGUCCGUCCCCACUCCUGCCGGUGUCUCCGGGGGUUAUUUUCCAUUCUCUCCAUUUCUCCGGAGGGGAAAAGCGAGGGGCUGCCGGUGGUCCUAAAGGCAGAGCCCACUGGCGCUGCCCUGCGCUGACCGCCCCAUGCCCCCAUAGCGCUGUGCCGUGCGCGGGGCGAUGCUGUGAGCUCCGCUCGGAUGGUCUGAGUUCCUCCCUGCCCUCCACUCCUCCUGCCCAGAUGCAGUGGAUAAUAUUCAUGUUGCUGUUAUUCAUCAGUUCCAUGGAAAUGCUCUCGCAGAACCGAUGGAAAAAGCAAGUGAGCACCGGGCUCUUGGAGAACUGCACGGGCUGCGUUCUGUGCUCGGAGGAGAACGGCUGCAUCACCUGCCACCACCGGCUCUUCCUGCUCAUCUGGAGGGACGGCAUCCGCCAGUACGGGGUGUGCGUCCACACCUGCCCCCCCGGCUACUUCGGCGUGCGGGGUCUGGAGGUCAACAGAUGCACAAAGUGCAGGUCGCCCAGCUGCGAGAGCUGCUUCAGCAAAGACUUCUGCAUGAAAUGCAAGGAGAAGUUCUACCUGCACAAAGGCCAAUGCUUCCGGCAGUGCCCCCCCAGCACCACGGCUCAGCCCGGCACCCGCGAGUGCCAAGAAACAUGCGAGCCGGGGCCCUGGAGCGAGUGGAGCGCCUGCACUCACGAGGGCCGGAGCUGCGGCUGCAAAUGGGGUCUGGAGACGCGGGUGCGCGAGGUGCUGGGCUCCCCACGGGAGGAGGGGGCUGCAUGCCCCGCGCUGCUGGAGAGCCGCAGGUGCCGCCUGAGGAAGCACUGCCCGGGAGAGAAAACCAAACUCAGAAACAAAGGCAAAAAGCGGCAGAAGAAGCAGAGGACAGAGCAGGACGCGGGCACCUAGCGCAGCGACCCCCCCCGUGCUGCCCCUGCUUUCCAGCUGCAGAAAAUUGCACAAUUUUCUCCCCCACCACCUCCCUACCCCAACCUCCCCCUUUCUUUUGAGACAAUUUAUGGCCUGUAAAACAUUUCCUUUUCAGAAAAUCUAAUUUGCAGUGUCCAAAGCAAUGCCCCGGGGCUCGGGCAGGGGGUGGCUCCCUUAUUUUGCUGUUCUUCCCUCUACCACUCUCUGCAGCUGGGUGGGAUGGGGCUGGUGUGUCUGACCGUGCCUCAGGCCAUGGAUGCCCAUCCCAUCCCCGUGGCACAGAGAUGUCCCAUCCCCACAGGAUCCUGUGUGCGUUGGGGUCCUGCAGGGCUCAGCACCAACGGCACUUGUGUGAGUUCACAGCUGUCUUAUGUGAGCACAGCAAUGUGGGGGGUGAGGGGGGGCUUUGCCCAUGCACUUCACAUCACAGCAGCCCCCUGCGCCCAGGGAGCAGCCCCACAGCCCUCUCCAGACACGAGCAACACCAUCCCUGUCCCCAUCCAAGGGACAUGGGAAGCAUACGGAGAAGCGCUGCAGCACCUUUGCAAUGCGCUUUGCUCCAACUGCUGCUCUCGCCAUGGGAAUCUCUGUGACUCUUUGGAGUUUGGCCACCCCACUUCUCCUCCCGGCACAAAUGGGGGCUGUGGGGCCCUUCUAGGAGGAGAGCACUGGGUGUCAGCAUCGAGCCAGCCGGGAGCAUCGCUCCUCUGUUUGCUUAGGGACAAAUAAACUAUUAAAGCCUCUGGCA